UAGAAGUGCGGGGGGGGAGUUAUCGCGUGCUUUUACAUACAAAAUGUCGGACCUUGCAAAAGCCCGAGCGAAUCUAUUGGAGGUUUUAGGUGACUUAUCGCCAAAGUAUUGGACGACGUUAUCAUUGUGGUAUAAAAUGAAAAUUUCUAAAGACGAUUUUGAUCUUCAAAUCAGACAACUUCUCAGCGAGGAACACAUCAACGUCCAUAACGACUUUUUAUUUGCGUUGCUGUCAAGAUGUCAAGACAUGAGCAACAGUACGGUAGGAACAGUUAAGAAUGAACGUUCUUCUUCUUUGGCGUCGUUUACGAGCCACGCGAAUCUUGACCUCCUUAAAAAGCAUGCUAGACCAGCCAAAGUGAACUUUGAUCAAAGAUUUCAUCCUUAUGACGUAUUGCAAGGUUCGCAUAAUAUGGACAAUGUUAUUUUGACGGAUGACAGUGACAUUAAUCUCUGCUCUUACGAGUACACGCUACCGGAUGUUCCAGCCAUGAAUGGCCGGUUAUUCCUUGCUGCCUGGGAUGCAGGUUUGGAAUCGGUGGAAGAUGUUGGAUCAAAUGCAGCAAAACUGGUGAUUUUUGCUGUUAAACAUCACAUAAAGGACAUUCUAACGGCAUGUUGCUCUCGUCGAGCAGGUUUUAGACUACAAGACAAACAUUUCAAGUAUGGUAUUAAUACUGGCUUGAUCAAGCCGAAUGUUUGGAAUAGCACUGACUCUUAUUCACCUCACUUGUUACAUCAGAGAAAUGUGGAAUAUGUAGCUGAUGCUGCUGUCACUUUGGCCAGCAGUAUACCUCCACCUGCACAUAGUUCCAUAUCAAUGUAUGAAUUACGUGAAGUGUUGCAAGUGCAUUGCCGAGUCAUACCAUCCCAUACUGUCUACGCUGCAAAUAUGGAGAGAAUAUUGAGUGGACUAUGGCAUCCGAGCCAUGAUGAAAUUGAACAGAGUAGAUUACAAAAAUUGGAGUCGAAAAGACGACAGAGUAAACUUCGACAGCAAAGAUGCUUGAGAAUAUAAAGUGUUUGUGAACUACUAUUUUUAUGAAUGUAUCAAUAAUCCCUAAAAUGUAUUUAUUUUGCCCAA